AUGUCGGCCAUGCCGUUUCGAAAAGACGUGCUUUCGCCGCCCCCUGCCAAAGACUACUCUCGUCUGUCCCUGUCGUCACUGGUGAACAAGCUAUUGCGGGAAAAGCCCAUGCUCCACAGCAAAUUGUACUGUGACUCGAUCCGGAACCGAGUGCAAUCCACCAUCACUAAACUAACCGAUGAAAACGGCCGGAUAAAGCUGGUGUCGUCGCACACCGAGCUCGCCGAAACCGCCAAUGGCGUCCGGCUCAUGGCCCGUCUGUUGUCUCGUGCCAAGAUCCAACUCGACGCUAGAGCCAUUAUGAUAGUCACCAAGGCUCGAGACAAUCUGUUAACUUUCGUUACCAGGGAGAUCGUCAAGUGGUUGCUUACUCGUGACCGUAACAUCGUCGUUUACGUCGACGCUCAUUUGAAGAAGUCUAAACGGUUCGACGCUAACGAUAUACACGCGAUGUGUCCUAAAGCCGGGCAUUGUCUCAAGUAUUGGGACCGCAAGUUAGCAUCUACAAACCCCGAAUUAUUCGAUCUUGUCAUCACCCUUGGUGGUGACGGUACCGUGCUUUACGUAUCCAGUUUGUUUCAACGUAUAGUGCCACCGGUAAUGCUGUUUUCUAUGGGUUCCUUGGGGUUUUUGACCAAUUUUGAUUUUGGCGACUAUAAAGAGAAGGUUAGCGACGUUAUCGAAAAGGGCGUCAUCGCUUGUUUGCGGAUGCGCUUUACCUGUCGUCUUCAUGACGCUAAUGGUAAGCUUGUUAAGGAGCAACAGGUGCUCAAUGAGUUAGUUGUUGAUCGCGGACCCCUGCCUUUCGUUACAAAUCUCGAGCUUUAUGGCGAUGGGUCUUUGCUCACGGUAGCUCAGGCGGAUGGUCUUAUCAUCGCCACACCUACCGGCCUGACGGCGUACUCUCUCAGUGCUGGCGGCUCGCUUGUCCAUCCCGGAGUAUCAGCUAUUUCGGUUACUCCGAUAUGCCCACACACUCUUUCCUUCCGGCCAAUUCUCUUACCUGAUGGCAUGUUUUUGAAGGUCAAAGUUCCUGAGACUCUGAGACUGGUGGCCUGGGCUUCGUUCGACGGGAGACUGCGAACCAAACUUGAUAAAGGCUGGUACGUUACCGUUUAUGCAUCACAAUACCCCUUCCCCACCAUAUCUGCUCUGAAGACUGAAUACAUCGACUCGGUGAGUAGAAACCUCAAUUGGAACGAAAGAAAGCCGCAAAAGCUGUUCACCGAUUAUCUUAGUGAUGAUUCCAAACAGAAGAUGGACGGCCAUCCAGCUUCCACCGACCCCGACAGCCAGCUGUUUGACAUUGAUUUCAGUGACGACGACGAACUUCGUCUGGAGCUGGGUCUGGGUCUGGGUCUGGUUCUGCUGCUGCCACUGGCUGACGACAUUGACGGAUUGGUGAUGGGAGUGGGUUCACUUAAUGGCACAGAUAGAACAACAACAGUAACGCUGACGACAUCGGUGACGCUGUUUGAUUAG